CGGCCCCGCGGCCCCGCCCCGCCGGCCCAGCCGGCCCCGCCGCCGCCAUCUUUGUUGGGGGCAGCCGGGCCUGGCUCUGGAGAUGCCGAAGUCGUGCGCGGCCCGGCAGUGCUGCAACCGCUACAGCAGCCGCAGGAAGCAGCUCACCUUCCACCGGUUUCCGUUCAGCCGCCCGGAGCUGCUGAAGGAAUGGGUGCUGAACAUUGGCCGGGGCAACUUCAAGCCCAAGCAGCACACGGUCAUCUGCUCAGAGCACUUCAGGCCAGAGUGCUUCAGUGCCUUUGGAAACCGCAAGAACCUGAAGCACAACGCCGUGCCCACGGUGUUCGCCUUUCAGGACCCCACACAGCAGGUGAGGGAGAACACAGACCCUGCCAGUGAGAGAGGAAAUGCCAGCUCUUCUCAGAAAGAAAAGGUCCUCUCUGAGGCCGGGGCCGGAGAGGAUGGCCCUGGGAGAAACAUGAACACUGCGCUUGAGGAGCUUCAGUUGCCCCCAAAUGCUGCAGGACCCGUAAAACAGGUCUUGCCACAGAGGCCGCAAGCAACAGAGGCUGUUGGCUGGCUGGCCGGCCCUGCAGGCCUGAGAAGGCCCCCCCACAAGCAGCCAUCUGAUCACAGCUAUGCCCUUUUGGACUUAGAUUCCUUGAAGAAAAAACUCUUCCUCACUCUGAAGGAAAAUGAAAAGCUCCGGAAGCGCUUGCAGGCCCAGAGGCUGGUGAUGCAAAGGAUGUCCUCCCGCCUCCGAGCCUGCAAAGGGCACUGGGGACUGCAGGCCAGACUUCGGCCAGAGCAGCAGAGCUGAGCCCUGUGGGCUCCGGACACACAGGCGGCAGAGGCACCAGGGCUGGCAGGGCUUUGCAGCUCUGGCUGUGGACAUUUCUGUGUGCUGUGGAUACUGAGAAAGUUGGCCAUACUGAGAAAGCGGGGGACUGGGACAGUGGCUAAGCUCCUCGGCUAGCCUGAUGCUUCUGGGGGACGUUUAGAGGCAUGGCACCAGGAGUGCCCAUCUGUGGCAUGACAAGCUUAUCCUCCCAUGGCAACAGAAGCCCAGGCUGAAGCUGGUUCUGGACACUGUCCUUUCAGAGCGAGCACGGUUGGAAGCCCCAGUGUGGGAGAUGCUCCUGAGGAAGCCACAUGGGGUAGCACUGGCCGGCUCUGUGGCGAGUGAGUGGGUCCCCGCCUCCAUCAGCCUGGACAACUGCUCAGGGUUUUGAGUGACUCCUGUCCCAGGCUGGUGUGAGUGGGCAGUAUAAUAAAGUGUCUUUCUAUAUGA